GGAAGUGCCUGCCCGGAGAACGGCGACGAGCGGAUUAUCACUUUUACGGAGUCUCCCCAUAAUCUAGAGUUGCACAUUACAGACCAGGCCUCUAACCACUCCAAGGGAGCCUGCGUGCCAGCGGCCUGGAACCCAGAGCCUAUCCUGGAGCCUGCACAAUCAAUCCAGACUGAAGCUGAUGAUGUCUUCUAGAGAGAUGGAAGUGCAAUCCAGCCAGGGUGCAGCUGAAUUUUGAGAGGCCUGAAUGCCUCCACGUCCACAAGGGGACCGCUGGAACUAAUUCAAUUGGCAAACUUGUGGCGAGCCAAAACUACCAUGCUACCUAUCCCUGUUAUCCUUGGUUACCGCCCAAGAUUGGCUUACAGAAGAGAUGAAAUGUGGUCUGGGGGACGAUAUGACUGUGAAAGGCUUCCAAGAGAACGAGUACCUCCUCGAAGUCACCCUGGUGAUGGCUACCAUAGAGUAGUUAAUAUUGUGCCAAAGAAACCACCACUGCUAGACAGACCUGGUGAAGGAAGCUACAAUAGAUAUUACAGUCAUGUUGGUUACCGAGAAUAUGACGAGGGCCGCAGUUUUUCUCAUGCUCGAAGAAGUGGUCCACCUCACAGAGGAGAUGAAUCUAGCUAUAAGUGGACAAGAGAUGAUCAUUCUGGAAGUCGUCAGCCUGAAUACAGGGACAUGAGAGAUGGCAUUAGAAGAAAAAGUUUCUACUCUUCUCAUUAUGUAAGAGACCGAUCUCCUCAUAAAAGAGAAACUCCUUUUUUCAGAGACUCGCCUAUAGGCCGAAAGGAUUCUCCACACAGCAGAUCUGGCUCCAGUGUCAGUAGCAGAAGCUACUCUCCAGAAAGAAGCAAAACUUACUCUUUCCACCAGUCUCAACAUAGAAAGUCCGUGCGUGUUGGUGCCUCCUACAAACGACAGAAUGAAGGAAAGCCAGAAAGAGGUAAAGAGAGACCUGUUCAGUCUUUGAAAACAUCAAGAGAUACUUCACCCUCGAGUUCUUCAGCAGUUCCUUCAUCAAAGAUGUUAGACAAACCCAGUAGGCUAACUGAUAAGGAACUUGCUGAGGCUGCAAGCAAGUGGGCUGCUGAAAAGCUAGAGAAGGCCGAUGAAAGUAACUUACCUGAAAUUUCUGAGUAUGAGGCAGGACCCACGGGACCAUUGUUUAUUGACCAGCCAGAAGAACCUGAGUCAAAUGCAACAGAUGGCAUAGAUUUAUUUGAAGACAGUCAGCUAAACAGUCGCUCUAAAGCAAUAGCAUCAAAAACCAAAGAGAUUGAACAGGUUUACCGACAAGACUGUGAAACUUUCGGGAUGGUUGUGAAGAUGCUGAUUGAAAAAGAUCCUUCAUUAGAAAAGUCCAUACAGUUUGCAUUGAGACAGAAUUUACAUGAAAUAGGUGAGCGAUGUGUUGAAGAACUCAAGCAUUUCAUUGCAGAGUAUGACACCUCUAGUCAAGAUUUUGGAGAUCCUUUUUAGAAUAUUGGUCAGGCAAAAAAAAAAAGUUGCUAGAUUUUUUUCCCCUGGAUUGUGUAAAUCCUUAAUAUAUGGAGUUUUUGUGAUGAAGAGAAAUACUUUAUGAUAGCUGACCACCUUUCUAAUAUCAAAUAAACAUCUAAAAUAGCCUAAGA